AUGGAAACUGACAGCGAAACUUCCAAGUCAAGCCAGCAGAGUUGCCAAACUGCGGAAGUCAAGGAGCGGGUCUCCACUAUCGAAGCAAUGAUCAACUUGGUGACAGUGAUCAUUGGCGCGGGGAUCCUGGCAUUGCCUCAAUUGCCCAGAAGGUGUGGAUGGGUUCUUUCGGCCCUGAUGCUGCUGAUCUCCUGCUCAGCAGUUCAGGAGGCUGCGCUUUGCCUCUGCCGAGCACUUAUACAGACCAACUCCCAAGAGUCAAAGGUGACUACCUUCGAGGCCUUGGGACACCGUGCGCUGGGAUGGCAGGGACAGUUGGCCGUGGCCGUGGUGGCGAACACCUUCCUGCUGGGGGUUUGCUCAGCUUAUGCGGCCUUGAUUGGGAUGCAACUCUACAACUUGACAGGUGUUUUCAAUCAACGUGCUUGGGUCCUCAUUGCAUAUCCGAUCUUCGUUCUUCUUGGCUUGCUGCCCAAUUUGUCGGCCUUGUCGAAGCUGGUGCCGCUGGGGAUGCUGGCCGCGUGCUUGACAGGGCUUAUGGUGAUCUGGAGCUCCCUGCAGGACGUGGAGACCUGGCAGAGCUGGAAAACAGGAGACCUAGACAUGGAGAUCCACGACACGUGGCCAUCGCAGCCCGCAGCCUUGGGCUCCGCCUUGGCAACCUGCUGUGCAGCCUUCUCCUUUGUUCCGGUGGUUCCAGCCAUCAUCCGGGACAUGAGAACACCACAGCACUUCCCACGAGCACUCAAUGGAGCUUUGGCCAUUUGCGGAUUACUUUAUUUGGGCGUGAUGCUUUGUGGAUAUUAUGGAUAUGGCAACUUCAUUCGAGAUGAUAUCGUGGAGUCUCUGGGCCAAUCCCCGGCCACUUUUGAGGAAGCAAUGCAUCAGCCAAUCAGUGAAUGGACAGGUGCCCGAAGGCCAUGGCUUCGGGUCUUCAUCUCGAUUCUGAUUCUGAUCAACAUCUUCCUCAGCAUGCCGCUCCUAGCCAUGGCAGUUUUCUAUUCCAUCGAAAGCUCCUUUGCACACGCAGUGCCGGGCUCCUGGGCCAAUUGGGCCAUGAGGAUCGGCCUUCUCACAGGCGUGGUAGCAGUGGCAUUGGCUGUGCCACGGUUCACAGUGGUGUUCAGUUUCUUUAGCUCAUUGACUGCACCAUGCGUGUCCUUGAUAUUUCCGCUACUCUUCGCAGACUAUAUCUUGGAGAAGGUCAGCAAGUGCCGCCGUGGCUAUCACGCAGUCCUUUUCAUCAUUGCAGUGCUGAGCAACUUCCGCUGCGCAUACAUGCGAGCGGAAGUGGGGCGAUGCCGAAGCACAGGGACUCUCCAGAUGUCGAUUGAAUAUAGGGGUUUGGUUUGGUGA